GUUGCUAUAAAAUCCAUUCGUAAGGACAAAAUUAAGGACGAACAAGACAUGGUUCACAUCAGACGAGAGAUUGAGAUCAUGUCAUCCCUCAACCAUCCUCAUAUCAUCAGUAUUUACGAAGUGUUCGAGAGCACAGAUAAGAUUGUGAUCAUCAUGGAGUACGCCAGCAAGGGCGAGCUGUACGACUACAUCAGCGAGCGGCGGCGCCUCAGCGAGAGGGAGACCAGGCACUUCUUCCGGCAGAUUGUCUCCGCGGUGCACUACUGCCACAAGAAUGGCGUGGUCCACCGGGACUUGAAGCUGGAGAAUAUCCUGCUCGAUGACAACUGCAACAUCAAGAUUGCUGACUUUGGGCUUUCCAACCUGUACCAGAAGGACAAGUUCUUGCAAACAUUUUGUGGGAGUCCACUGUACGCAUCCCCCGAAAUUGUCAACGGGAGGCCUUACCGAGGGCCAGAGGUGGACAGCUGGGCGCUGGGCGUGUUGCUUUACACCCUUGUUUAUGGAACGAUGCCCUUUGAUGGGUUUGAUCACAAAAACCUCAUUCGGCAGAUCAGCAGCGGAGAGUACCGGGAGCCCACGCAGCCCUCAGACGCCCGAGGGCUCAUCCGGUGGAUGCUGAUGGUGAAUCCCGACCGGCGAGCCACCAUCGAGGACAUCGCCAACCACUGGUGGGUGAACUGGGGCUACAAGAGCAGCGUGUGUGACUGCGACGCCCUGCACGACUCCGAGUCCCCGCUCCUGGCGCGGAUCAUCGACUGGCAUCACCGCUCCACAGGGAUGCAGGCGGAGGCGGAGGCCAAGGUGCGAGGCCUGGCCAAACCGGGGGCCUCCGAGGUCACGCUGGAGCGGCAGCGGUCGCUGAAGAAGUCCAAGAAAGAGAACGACUUCGCCCAGGCCGGCCAGGACUCGGUGGCUGAGGCUGGGUCCAAGCUGAGCUCCAAGAGGCCCAAGGGCAUCCUGAAGAAGCGGAGCAGCAGCGAGCACCGCUCCCACAGUGCCGGCUUCAUCGAGGGCGUCGCGGGGCCUGCCUUGCCUCCGGCUCUCAAGAUAGAGCAGGACUUGUGCCGGACAGCCGGGCCCCUCGCUGGCUCCCCCGAGGCCGACAUGCCUGGGACGCUCAGCCCCAAGCAGUCGGCCACCAUGCCCAAGAAAGGCAUCCUGAAAAAGACUCAGCAGAGAGAGUCGGGCUACUACUCAUCGCCGGAGCGCAGCGAGUCCUCAGAGCUGCUGGACGGGGACGAUAGCACGGGCAGCGGCCUCCCGCCCCCCAGUCCCCCCGCCCCGGCCCGCGUGGCCUCCCACAGCCUGUCCUGCAGGAGGAAAGGCAUCCUGAAGCACAGCAGCAAGUACUCAGCGGCCGCCAGCCCCGAAACUCCCACACUGGAAUCCCUGUCGGAGCCCGGCGUCCCUGCCGCCGAGGGGCUGUCCCGGAGCUACAGUCGUCCCUCCAGUGUCAUCAGCGACGACAGCGUCCUGUCCAGCGACUCCUUUGACCUGCUGGAUCUGCAGGAGAACCGGCCCGCCCGCCAGCGCAUCCGCAGCUGCGUCUCAGCCGAGAACUUCCUCCAGAUCCAGGACUUCGAGGGGCUCCACAACCGGCCGCGGCCCCAGUACCUGAAGCGGUACCGGAACCGGCUGGCGGACAGCAGCUUCUCGCUCCUCACGGACAUGGACGACGUGACUCAGGUGUACAAGAAGGCCCUGGAGAUCUGCAGCAAGCUCAACUAGCCCCGCGGGCGCAGGGCGGCGGGAGGGUGGGCGGGCAGGUGCGGAGGCGUGGGCGGGACUUGACUCACAGGCUGGUUACCUCUUCACUGGCCAUGAACACCGGGAAAGGACUGGCACCAUCUGGCUUGGCUGAGUGUGUAGUUGGGAGCCGGCACUGACGAGGGGAGCAGGCUCUUGCCAGUUCUGCCGACUGCCGGUCAGAACUUGGGUCCUGAUUGGCAUCGCAGCUGACACCUUGUGGAAGACCCAGGGGUGGUGGUGGCCGGCGCUUCGUGGGGGAGGGGCAUUGCCCUGGAAGUCAUGCUUGCUCCCGGAAGAGGGGGGGAGAGAUGGGGGCCAUGUCCUUUGGAUGAGCCGAGAGCUUGCUCCUUUUCUCCCCGAGUCAGCAAGCUUGGUCUGGCUGCACAGGGCUCACAAGAUGAUUUCAGCAACCAGAGCCUGAGUUGGCGAUCGAUUGCUCCUGGCUGUUGGGGUGCUGGCUGGGGCCCUUGCCCAUCUGAGAGUGUGGGGAUCCGAUAGUAACGGCAGCCA